GUGCCGCCCCGAGGCGGCGGAUGAGCGCAGCUGCCCCCAGCGGCGCCGUGCCGUCCUGCGGCCCUCGGGGACGCGUGCCCAGGCCGGGGGGUCCCGCGCGCCGCCGCCCGCACGGCCUGAGGGAACGCGGCCCGCCCCGCCCCGCCGCCGGCCCCGCCCCGCCGCCCCCUCCCCGCUACCUGUGUGGGCGGAGCGGCCUGCGCGGGCCCCUCGCAGAGCAGGCAGGAGCGGAUCCCCUUGCAGCCGCAGCCCGGCCCCGCGCCGCCGCUCGCCGCCGCCGUCUCCUCCUCCAUCCGCCCGGCCGAGCGCGGGACGCGGCCGCUCUCUCCCCCCGCCCGCCCUCGCGGCCCGGCCCGCUGCAGGUGAGGGGCGGCACGCGGGCUCGGUGCAGGCCGCGCGGCGGGGCCGGGGGCGGCCUCGCUCUCCCGGCGUCCCUCGCGGCGCCGCCGGGGCCCGUAGCGCUGCUGUGCGCCGCGGGGGCCGUUGGGAGCUGUAGUGCCGCGCGCCUCUGGGGGCUCUCCGGGCCGCGGCGCGGUGGGGGCAUCGCGGGGCCGCGCCCUCGGGCGGGCCGGGCCGCAGCACCGGGCCGGGCGGAGCGGGGCGGAGCGGCGCGGCCGGGCGGCCCCGAGCGCUUCCCGGGGGCGGCCUGGAGCGGGCCUCGUGCCCGCAGCGUGAAACGGCCGGGCCGGGCCCCGGGGCGAGCAGCCGCCGCUCUGCCGUUUCGUUCGGGCGCAGCCUUUUCGUUUUCCUCCUCCUCGAAGCCGUGCCGUAGGCCCCGUACAAAGGACCGCCCUUGGCACGGGCACGCAGCGCCGAGCAUCCAGCGCCUGUCUGUAUGCCGAGGGCCCCGGCGGAGGAAUGGGGGGACGUGGCUCCGGGCGGACGGGGGGGAGCUUUGUGGUGGGGGGCCACAAGAAGAGUUCCGACAGCUGCUUGGUGAUUGCAGCAGGAGGGCGAAGAGAAACAUGUCAAAAAUUACCACAGAGCUGCUUUUGGAAAGAGCGGUUCCGAAAUCGACGAGGCUCCGAAAGAUAGAGACCCUGAACCUGUCCAAGCUGCAGCUGAAGACUGGAGACUUAGACCCACGUUUGUUUUCACGUCUGAGGCACCUACAGAAACUGGAUCUCUCUGAUAAUUUAUUGGACAAGUUUCCCAACAGCCUAACCCUGCCUGAUCUGCGUGUCCUGAACUGCAACAACAACCAGCUGGAAGAUGUCACUGCUCUGAAACAGUUCCCUCUGCUCGAGGAGCUAAAUUACGAGAACAAUGGGUACCUCACACUCAAUGAUGAUUAUAAAGUGAUGUUUCUUUUGCAAAAUCUUCGGCUGCUCAAUGGCAAGGACAUAACCAAGCUGGCUAAUCACGUGAGGCGUGUCAAUAGCCGUAAGCUGACCAGCAAGGUUACUGCUCACUGGGAAGAAUUCUUCCGUGACCAGCUUCCUGAGAAGUACACAGCUGAGCAAGUGAAGUCCAUCAAGAAGAAGUUCCUGAAGUCAGUACAGACCAAUGUAGUGUAUGGACCCAGCUCGCUUAGUGAGUUCACCCGCUGGCGGGUGAAAAUGAUUGCAGAAGAGUUUCUGACUUGCUCACUGGGUCUGGAGUUAAACACAGAUACUGAAACAGAAGAAAACAUGGAUGAGAAUGAGGAAGAAAGUGCAGAAAGCUCCAAGGAAGCUGCAGAGGAGGAGGCUAAGGUUACGGUAACUCCCAGAAAGAGGAAAAGAAAUAGUUCAAAAUCACGUUUUGGAAGGAAGAAGUCCAAGUCCAAGGCAAAAACUGAGAAGGAGAGUGUACCUAGAAAUUCCAGUCAAGAGGAGGAUGACCCAGCUCCUGAUAAAGCAACAGCAUCGAAUGAGCCAGCCGAAGAGGCAACCCCUGAGCAGGGAGAUGAAGGGACACAUAAGAACGGAGAGCAGUUUCCCAAAGGGCAAAGCAAUAGAAGAUCCAGCCAGCUGACAGGAGAACAGAAAAGCCAGGAGCAGGACAAUGGGGUUGUUAACUUGACCCCAGUAAGGAACUCCAAGGGCAAGGAGGAUUUCAGUGCAGAGCCAUUGCAUUUUCUCCAGUGUCACAGUAAAGGCAACAGCCGCGAGGAUUUUAAAACGCAGCUCUGGUCCUGUGUCUUCGAGCCAUUGCUUGACUGUGCACCCAGGAAAGAUCCCAUUGUGAGUUGUUCCAGAACUGUGGCAACGUGUGGAGGGGAGUCUGUCUGUCUGAUCGAUUGUGAAACAGGGGUGGUGCUGAAGAAGUAUAAGGUGGCUACAGAGGAGUUCUUCAGUGUUGCAUGGACAACUCUCCCGAUGGUACUCAGUGACAGUCGGAAGAAAUCUCAUAAUAUCUUGGCAGCUGCAGGAAGGAGAGGGAUUGUCAAACUGAUUCAUGUGGCAGCUGACUUCUGCUACGGAGAAAUAAAGGCUCAUAAAAAGCCCAUUGCCACUGUCUGCUUCAGCCCAACUCGAGAAACUCACCUCUUCACUGCAUCCUAUGACAAGCGAAUUGUGCUCUGGGAUAUUGGAAUUCCAGACUGUGACUACAAUUUCAAAGCAAGCCAGCUGCUGGUACUGGAAUGUUUGUCUGUACCCUUACGGAUUGCCCUGGUCCCCACCUGCCCAGAGCAGUACCUGCUGGCUGGCUGUGAAGAAGGCUGCUUUACGUGGAAUAUAAAACUGGAGAAGGAAGAGAAAACCAGGCCUUUUGAAGCCUCAUUCAAGUUCCCUGAUGAGGAGGGAGAAAUGUCAACAUCUCACAGGGUUGACGGUUUGGCUUUUCUGAAUGAUGAUGUUGUAGUUUCUAAGAGCUCCAAACCAGGAUGCAUAUACUUAUGGAGCUGGAGUUGGUCUUUUGACACUAAAGGAAAAGGAAGCCAGCGAACAGUGUCUGCAGUUAUUCUAGCUGAACUGGAGUGGUCCACAACAGACUUGUCCUAUCUCACACUCAGCACCUGCCCAGCAAAACUACAUGUGUUCUGUGGUGAUGAGAAGGGAAGUGUGUGGAUAUACCACCUCUCAAACUAUACCACAGCAUGGAGCUCUGCAAAGGGAAAACACUCGGACAAGAGAAUCCCGCCCACACAGAUUCUCAAGUGGCCAGAGCUUCGAGCAAAUGGGGACCACCUGAGCGAAGUCUACAUAAACAAUGUGAUAACAGACCCUACUUUCACUUACCUUGUUGCUCUCACUAGUGUGAACAUUACAGCAAUUUGGAAGAAGUCAUAGUUAGUUGUUAUAGAAUUUUGUUCCCGUGCUUUGAAAUAGUGCAGUAUUAGUGACUGUUACCCAUGUUAACCAUAAAGUUUUCUAGACCAGCUGUUACGUGCAAAAGGUAAAGAGUUCAUUAAAUGCAUCCAGUUAUUCAGGUUUUUUUCUGUAAGUUUACACAAUUUGUGCAUUUGUUUUAUAGAAAUGACACUUAAUAAAACAAAAUAACAAA